CUCUCUCUCUCUCUCUCUCACGCCGUCAUCUCUUACCUUUUCUCCCACCUUCACUCCCUUAAUUUGUUCCGAUAGAUUUUACAAGUUAAUUUCCUCUUCAUAAUUGUCUAGAGGAGCAAAAUGGAAACGGAAGGUGGGAACAGGGUUGCGCGGAGAAGGGCGUGCACGUUUGAAAGAGACGAUUUCUUCCCAGAGGAAUCGUUCAGGAGCUGGGGUAGCUAUGGGAAAGCGUUGUGGCAGACACCCAAGAGGUUCAAGACUCAGGUCAUGACCCGAUCCAAGGACGAGACCGAGCUAGUGGCGUUGAAGGGACGGAGCAGCAACGAGAUGAAGAAGACGCUCAACUCUUGGGACCUCAUAUGGUUCGGCAUCGGCGCCGUCAUCGGCUCCGGCAUUUUCGUCAUCACCGGCCUCGAGGCGCGCGACGCCGCUGGCCCCGCCGUCAUCCUCUCUUUCAUCGUUUCCGGCCUCUCCGCCUUGCUCUCCGUCUUCUGCUACACCGAAUUCGCCGUCGAAAUUCCCGUCGCAGGUGGGUCAUUUGCGUACUUAAGAGUUGAACUGGGAGACUUGGUGGCCUUCAUAGCCGCCGGAAACAUCCUCCUUGAGUACGUAAUAGGCGGCGCCGCCAUAUCACGGUCAUGGACCUCAUAUUUUGCGACCUUAUGCAACAAACAGCCUGAUGAGUUUCGCAUAAUAAUCCCCAACAUGGACCCCGACUACAGCCAUCUGGACCCCAUAGCCGUGGUGGUUCUCAUAGCCAUAGCCAUGCUGGCAAUGUUCAGCACGAAAACCUCCUCCGUCUUCAACAACGUGGCCACCAUCAUCCACUCCCUCAUCCUGGUCUUCAUCGUCAUCGCCGGCUUCAUCAAAGCCGACCCCCAGAACCUCACCCCCUUCGCCCCCUACGGCGCGCGCGGCGUCAUCAAGGCCUCCGCGGUUCUCUUCUUCGCGUACUUGGGCUUCGACGCCGUCUCAACCAUGGCGGAGGAAACGAAGAACCCCGCCAGGGACAUUCCCGUGGGCCUGGUGGGGUCGAUGACCAUCACCACCAUCAUCUACUGCCUCCUCUCGCUAACGCUCUGCCUGGUGCAGUCCUACAAGGACAUCGACGUGGACGCGCCGUUCUCCGUGGCGUUUCACGCCGUGGGGUGGGACUGGGCUAAGUACAUCGUGGCGCUUGGCGCCUUGAAGGGAAUGACGACCGUGUUGUUGGUGACUAUCGUGGGUGAGUCUCGCUACCUAACCCACAUUGCACGCACGCACAUGAUGCCUCCUUGGUUCGGGCACGUGGAUGAGAAAACCGGUACCCCUGUGAACGCCACCGUGGCAAUGAUCAUGGUGACGGCGGUCAUCGCUUUCUUCACCAACUUCCGCGUUCUCUCGAACCUGUUGUCGAUCUCCACCCUGCUGAUCUUCAUGCUGGUGGCGGUGGCGCUUCUGGUGCGGCGCUACUACUCGAGUGGGGUAACGACAAAGGGGAAUCAAGUGAGGCUGAUAGUGUGCCUUGUCCUGAUCAUGGGGUCUUCGUGCGGCAUUUCUGGGCUUUGGGCGAAGGAGGUUGAUGGUUGGGUUGGGUAUGCGAUUUGUGUGGUGUUGUGGGUGUUGGGGAGUGGAGGUCUUUGCGUUUUUGUGCCGAUGGCGAAGCAGCCGAAGCGGUGGGGGGUGCCUUUGGUGCCGUGGCUGCCGGCGUUGUCCAUUUUGAUAAACGUGCUCCUUCUUGGGUCAAUCGACGUGGAGUCGUAUAUUAGGUUUGCGGUGUGGACGGCGUUUCUCUUGGUUUACUAUGCUCUUGUGGGGGUGCAUGCUUCUUAUGACACUGCCAAGGACUUUGAGUGCAAAAGGAAUGCAAACCAGGUUGAGGUUGAGGUUGAGGUUGAGGUUGAGAUUGAGAAAGUGCUCAACCAGGUGGAACGGGGGGUGCACGCUGUCGCUCAACCAACUAUAUCCCAAAAAUGUUGACUACCUCAUGCUUUAAAAUAAUUAUACAAUUAUUUAUUUAUUUAUUUAUUUAUUUCUCUAAAAUAUUAUAUAAUUCCAUAU